AUGUCUCCAGCAGGAGCCAAUCCUGGGUCUGGGGACACCACGAUCUACGCUGAGCAGCAGCAGCAACAGCAGCAGCAACAACAACAGCAGCAUCAUCAACAGCACCUUCACCAGCAACAGCAACAGCAGCAUCACCACCCACAUCAACAACACGCGCACCAGCUGUCACACCAACAACAUCAUCCACAACAAUCUCCCGGACUACCCGGCAGCAUGUUCUCCCAGCAGCUGUAG